GGCCACCUGUGUUUCUUGCUCCAGGCUCCCUGUUGGGCACAAAGGCUCCACCAUGGAGCUUGUCUGGGGACUAGGUGUCCUGUUCCUGUUGCAAGUGUGUGGAAGCAACCGCAUUCCAGAGUCCGGGGGAGACAACGGUGUGUUUGACAUCUUUGAACUCACUGGAGCUGCCCGCAGGGGCCCCGGGCGGCGACUGGUGAAGGGCCCAGAUGCGUCCAGCCCAGCCUUCCGGAUUGAGAAUGCCAACCUGAUCCCCCCGGUGCCAGAUAACAAGUUCCAAGACCUAUUGGAUGCCGUAUGGGCAGACAAAGGCUUCAUCUUCCUGGCUUCCUUGAGGCAGAUGAAGAAGACCCAUGGCACACUCCUGGCCGUGGAACGCAAAGACAAUACUGGCCAGAUCUUCAGUGUGGUCUCCAACGGCGAGACCGGCACACUGGACCUGAUUCUGAGCCUGCUGGGGAAGCGCCAAGUAGUAUCGGUGGAUGAAGCUUUCCUGGCCACUGGCCAGUGGAAGAGCAUCACACUGUUCGUGCAAGAAGACCGGGCGCAGCUCUACGUUGACUGUGAGAAGAUGGAGAGCGCAGAACUUGACGUUCCCAUCCAGAGUAUUUUCACCAAGGACCUGGCCAGUGUCGCCAGGCUCCGCAUCGCAAAGGGAGAUGCCAAUAACAACUUUCAGGGGGUGCUGCAGAAUGUGAGAUUUGUCUUUGGAACCACCCCAGAAGACAUUCUCAGGAACAAAGGCUGCUCCAGCGCAGCAACCAACAUCCUUCUCACCCUGGACAACAACGUGGUGAACGGCUCCAGCCCUGCUAUCCGCACCAAUUACAUAGGCCACAAAACAAAGGACCUGCAAGCCAUCUGCGGCCUCUCCUGCGACGAACUAUCCAGGAUGGUCCUGGAACUCAGGGGCCUGCGCACCAUUGUGACCACACUCCAGGACAGCAUCCGCAAAGUGACGGAAGAGAACAGAGAGCUGGCCAGUGAGCUGAGGCGGCCUCCCCUGUGCUUUCAUAAUGGAGUCCAGUACAAAAACAACGAGGAAUGGACUGUUGAUAGCUGUACCGAGUGUCACUGCCAGAACUCAGUUACCAUCUGCAAAAAGGUGUUGUGCCCCAUCAUGCCCUGCUCCAAUGCCACUGUUCCUGAUGGAGAAUGCUGCCCACGGUGUUGGCCCAGUGACUCUGCUGACGAUGGCUGGUCUCCCUGGUCUGAGUGGACCACCUGUUCUGCCACGUGUGGCAAUGGGAUUCAGCAACGUGGUCGAUCCUGUGACAGCCUCAACAACAGAUGCGAGGGCUCUUCCGUACAGACAAGGACCUGCCACAUUCAGGAAUGCGACAAAAGAUUUAAGCAGGAUGGUGGCUGGAGUCACUGGUCCCCAUGGUCAUCCUGUUCCGUGACCUGCGGUGAUGGUGUGAUCACAAGGAUCCGGCUCUGCAACUCCCCCACUCCCCAGAUGAAUGGGAAGCCCUGUGAAGGUGAAGCUCGGGAGACCAAAGCCUGCAAGAAAGAUGCUUGCCCAAUCAAUGGAGGCUGGGGUCCCUGGUCACCAUGGGACAUCUGCUCUGUCACCUGUGGAGGAGGAGUGCAGAGACGCAGCCGACUCUGUAACAACCCCGCACCCCAGUUCGGAGGCAAAGACUGUGUUGGUGACGUGACAGAAAAUCAAGUUUGCAAUAAGCAAGACUGUCCAAUCGAUGGAUGCCUGUCCAAUCCUUGCUUUGCUGGUGCCCAGUGUACUAGCUAUCCUGAUGGGAGCUGGAAAUGUGGUGCAUGUCCGCCUGGCUACAGUGGAAAUGGCAUCCAGUGCAAAGACGUCGAUGAGUGCAAAGAAGUACCUGAUGCCUGCUUCAAUCACAAUGGAGAACAUCGGUGUAAGAACACAGACCCUGGUUACAAUUGCCUGCCCUGCCCACCAAGAUUCACAGGCCCACAACCCUUUGGCCGAGGUGUCGAACAUGCCAUGGCCAACAAACAGGUGUGCAAGCCUCGAAACCCCUGCACGGAUGGGACGCACGACUGCAACAAGAAUGCCAAGUGCAACUACCUGGGUCACUACAGUGACCCGAUGUACCGCUGUGAGUGCAAGCCUGGCUACGCAGGCAAUGGCAUCAUCUGUGGAGAGGACACAGACCUCGAUGGCUGGCCUAAUGAGGACCUGGUGUGUGUGGCCAAUGCAACUUACCACUGCAAAAAGGACAACUGCCCCAACCUUCCCAACUCUGGGCAGGAAGACUAUGACAAAGAUGGAAUUGGCGAUGCCUGUGAUGAUGACGACGACAACGACAAAAUCCCAGAUGACAGGGACAACUGUCCAUUCCAUUAUAACCCAGCCCAGUAUGACUACGACAGAGACGAUGUGGGAGACCGCUGUGACAACUGCCCCUACAACCACAACCCUGACCAGGCCGACACAGACAACAAUGGGGAGGGAGAUGCCUGUGCUGUGGACAUCGAUGGAGAUGGAAUCCUCAAUGAGCGAGACAACUGCCAGUAUGUUUACAAUGUGGACCAGAGGGACACUGACAUGGAUGGGGUUGGAGAUCAGUGUGACAACUGCCCCCUGGAGCACAACCCAGACCAGCUGGACUCUGACUCAGACCGCAUAGGAGAUACCUGUGACAACAAUCAGGACAUUGAUGAAGACGGCCACCAGAACAAUCUGGACAAUUGUCCCUAUGUGCCUAAUGCCAAUCAGGCCGACCAUGAUAAGGACGGCAAAGGCGAUGCCUGUGACCAUGAUGACGACAACGAUGGCAUCCCUGAUGACAAGGACAACUGCAGGCUGGUGCCCAACCCUGACCAGAAGGACUCUGAUGGUGAUGGCCGAGGUGAUGCCUGCAAAGACGACUUUGACCAUGACAAUGUGCCAGACAUUGAUGACAUCUGUCCUGAAAAUGUUGCCAUCAGUGAAACCGAUUUCCGCCGGUUCCAGAUGAUUCCGCUAGAUCCCAAAGGGACCUCCCAAAACGACCCUAACUGGGUUGUGCGCCAUCAGGGCAAAGAGCUUGUCCAGACUGUCAACUGUGAUCCUGGCCUUGCUGUGGGUUAUGAUGAGUUUAAUGCCGUGGACUUCAGUGGAACCUUCUUCAUCAACACUGAGAGGGACGAUGACUACGCUGGCUUUGUGUUUGGCUACCAGUCUAGCAGCCGCUUCUACGUUGUGAUGUGGAAACAAGUCACCCAGUCCUACUGGGACACCAACCCCACAAGGGCUCAGGGAUACUCCGGCCUGUCUGUAAAGGUUGUGAAUUCCACCACAGGGCCUGGCGAGCACCUGAGGAAUGCUUUGUGGCACACAGGAAACACCCCUGGCCAGGUGCGCACCCUGUGGCAUGACCCUCGUCACAUAGGCUGGAAAGACUUCACCGCUUACAGAUGGCGCCUCAGCCACAGGCCAAAGACAGGCUUUAUCAGGUAA